AUGAGCUUUCUCGCUGUAAUUUUCCUUUAUGCACCGCCAGAUUUCGCGAAUGAACAGAUAAAUCAUGGACAAAUGGCUGAUAUACAAGAAUAUUCGUACGUACAACGGUAUUGGUUUCAAGACCGUUGUUGCAUUCAAGACCGUUGUUGCAUAAAUAUUCACAAGAAUGGUCGAUAAAACAACAACAGCAACUGUAAUGGCAAAAAACAGCUCGUCGCCAUUCUUGAAGUGUUGAAUCGCAACGUAAACAUCCAAUCCUACGUCGACCAGAUACAACAGGAAACUCACAACCAAAAUGAACAAUUUAAAUUUAGCCAUUGUUUAUUCCUAAAGAAUCAGAAUUAUAUAAAUAUAUAUAUAAAUAUAUAUAUAUAAAUAUAUAUAUAUAUAUAUAUAAAUUAGAAAUUUAAAGGAGUAUUCUGAUAUUGUUAUUAAAAAGGCCGAUAAAGGUUCAGCGGUUGUAGUUUGGGGUUUAGAUGAAUAUCGAAAGGAAGCUUAUCGUCAGUUAAAAGAUGACGAUGUUUAUGAAAAAUUUUUGGAUAAUCCCAUAAAUAAAGUUGUUGCUCUCAUUGAUGAAAAAUUACAUAAUUAUGCAAGGGAGGGCAAAAUUACCCAGGCAAAUUUGAAGUAUCUUAAAGGGGAGAAUUUAAAUUUGGGAAGGUUUUAUUUGCUUCCCAAAAUUCAUAAAAGUUUAGUCGAUGUACCGGGUAGGCCAGUGGUGUCUAAUUGCGGAACGCCAACGGAGAGGAUUUCUGAAUUUGUAGAUUAUCAUAUUAAUCCUAUUGUAAAAGUUUUGCCCACUGUUUUAAGUGAUACUUCGGAUUUUCUUAGGAGAUUGGAUGAGUUAGGGCAUAUACCGGAGGGAGCUAUUUUUGGGACAAUAGAUCUAGUUGGACUCUAUCCACAUACCUCACAAAGACGGCUUGGAUAG